GUAGGACGAUCAUUGGUGCAUUCCCCAUCGCUUGAACGAUGACUGCAGCGGCGCAGAUAGGUACUCGCAUCUCGAAAAUCAGGCUGUGAGCAAGUCUGCUCAGGCGCCGUGUCUUUUCCCUUCUUCACCCUACAACCCCGCGAACCAUCCUUCCAGAGAAAUCGUCACUCUGUCUGAAAACUCGCACAACACUCCUCGAGCAACAAGAGAAAUGGAAGUUAUUGGGGCAGUAGCGAGCUUCAUAGCCAUAGGUCAAGCUGUAGGCACCGCUCGCCAUGUCGUCCACAUUGCCCGAGCAAUCCCAGAGGUCGAGGCUUUGAGAUUGAUCCACGAGGAACUCGCCAGGGUGGGAGUCAUUACCAAUGAUUCGAAAUUCAAAUCACCGAUCCUAGAAAAUUCCAUGCUCCAGCUUACAGAGUCUACGAGAAGGCUCGAAGAAAUUCGAAAACGCUGCAUACGAUCACCCAGUGCCAGAGGCAAAGACAAGGUCAAAAAGACAGCAUGGUUCUGGCUGCAAGGCGAGCUGUCCGAGUGUCGAAGUAAAGCGCGAGACGCUAGAGAGAACCUCCAACUUGCGCUCCAAAUAACCAAUACCCAAAUCAUCACGAAGCUCACUUUGCGCAUCGAGAGCAUGCAGACCGUUCCGAAUGUACAACUGCUUGAAGACUCUACAGGAACUGGAGACGCUGAGGACAGCCCAAUAAACAUGGAUCAGAAGUCUUCCCCCCGUGCUGAAGACAUGGGAAAACUCCAGAAUGACGAAAUUCUACAAGCCGUAACUGGGAAACAAGCUCAACGACUUUUACCGAGUCCCCAACCAUCGGCAACCACUGGCCUAGCAACUACCAAGUCUGCGAGUGUUGUUGUCCAGACGUCAAGCUUUCUGCUCAAUCGAUGCCCAAUUCCAUGUUGUUGUCGGUGCCAUGCUUCGAAGCCAGUCUCGUACAAUCCCACGAGAUGGGCUUCAAGCUUGGUGGGCAGUCUGAAUCUCAGCUUCAACCGUCAAUUGACUUUUCGAAACAGCACAACAUGCAACGAGGGUAGCUGCAGAAACAAAGCAGGAACAUCAAUGACAGUCGAUUAUCAAUCUCCGAGUUGGCUAUGUUCCAGAGCAGUUCAAAUGCAAACCUUAGUGGGCGUCACGACUGGGCUGCGAGUGUCACUUAGGCCUGUCAGGAUUAUGUCCUUUGCUUCGACGUUUUGGAAUUGCACUUAUGAUGGUUCUCCUUCGAGCUCGAGAGAAACAGUUCAACAGUGGAUUUUACAUAAUGGAAAGGUAUUUCCAGGUGACGCAGACCCUAGAGGCAUGACUGUCUUAGAGUGGGUUAUCAGUAAUGGAUCAACUGAAGUCGUCCUCUAUUUGUUUCAGAUCUGGGAGGACCAAAUACUUAAAGGAAGCUAUGAUGACUCUUGGUUCUACAGGGCGCACCGUAUCAUUGAAGACACACCUUCCCUGCCCGAUGAGGAGUUGCAAGUACUUCGCCGAAUUUUGUCUGCUGGAGAAUUGAUGGUGAAUGCCAGCCAGACCCCGCUGCAUGAUGCUCUUUCCAAGGGCGGUUUCGACGCUACUAUUCGAGCUGCAGGAGAUUUCAGUUGGGCCAUGAAUCAGCGGAACUAUGGAGGCGACACUCCGUUACACAUCGCUGCAAGACAGGGUCAUCUUGAUAGCGUCAAACACCUCGUGCAUUUAGGAUGCGAUAUCAACGAGGUCAACUGGGAGGGUUGCACUGCUUUAAAUAUUGCUUCCGAACGCGGCCAUGUUCUCACGGUGCAAUACCUUAUUGAUGCUGGUAGCUGGGUGAAUGCCACUGACAAAUGGGGCCACACCGCGAUGGUUAAUGCUGCCUUUGGGGGGCACAAAAAUCUUGCAAAAGUCAUUCAAGCCUUAAUUUGUGCGGGGGCAUCGGUAAAUGCUACUGACAACCAGAACUACAGUGCCCUACACUUCCUAACGUCGCGUGGUCACGACCGCUAUACCACCCAAGAGUGCUUGAGGAUCCUUCUGGAAGCCGGCGCUGACAUCGAAUUACGAACUAAAAAUGGGAGGACCCCGCUUUUGCUUUCGAUUCAUGAAGGAGAUCACGCUGGCACACAGUGCCUGAUUGAGGCAGGAGCUAAAACGACAUGCUUAACAAGCCAUGGUUGUGGUUUGCUUCACGAGGCAGCGUUCUAUGGAACCACUGAGCUGCUUCGGUACCUUUCAACCCUGAAUUUAACGGCCGCAAAUCCGGACUUGCUUGACAACUACGGAUAUACGCCUUGGGAUUGCUGGAUUCACUCCUUGCAUCUGCAGGAUUGGAAACGUGGGUGGGUCUUAAAACUAACCCCAGAGCGACAGGAAGCUUUUGUUUCAUUGUUCAUAUCAAUCAGAGACAGGAAUUUGACUGCUGAUAUAGAGCGACUGCUCUGGCUACUCCAAUAUGUGAGAGACGAGGACCAACGAGCCGCCACGGCUGCCCUAAGCCCUCUGAUCAAGCAGAAAGAAGAGUGGAAGCAAUGGGAGAUCCUUGGUACAUACAAGACCAUUGGUUUGCAGAUCCGAGAACAGAUGUGGGAGGCAGCUGUGGAGUCAGUUGAAGAGGUUGUUGACAUGUUACGAGAGAAAAUGGCCGCAUCUCCGUGGGACACCAAAUCGCGGUGGGAUCCCUGGAGUGAGACAGAGUCAGAAGACGAGGAUGACCAUCAGACUGAAUCCACUGGAUCCGAAGAUGAGGAGUGGGAUGACGCUGCUGGCGACGACGAUGACGAAGAAUGAGGUGACACGGUUGAAUUGUAAACGCAGAAGGGAGUUUCGAGAGGCAUAAAACAUAC